CUCUCAUCUUCUUUCUCUCUCUCAACUUCUUCAUAAAAAUGCUUUUAUUUCUUGUGUCCUGUCUCUCUUUCAUCAUUCUCUCAAAAUUUUCUUUCUUCAAAAAACUCCCAAUUUGGAAUCUUGAUAUGGGCCUUUCUUCAUUUCAAUCUUUCUUGAAAACCCAUUUGAAAAGAAGCAAAAAAAAUAGUGUCAUCACUUCAAAGCUUGAAACUUUAGACCAAAACACCAAGAAAGAUAGUACUAGUAAUAUUUGUUUAUUGGACUUGCCUGAUUUGCCCUUGGAAUGCAUUCUUGAAAAGCUUUCACCUAGUGGGCUAACAAAUAUGUCCAGGGUAUGCAAGUCUUUUAGGACUAUGUGUACACAAGACCAUUUAUGGGAAAAACAUCUGAACCAAAAAUGGGGCAAGUUUUUGGUUGGUGAUUCUGUUUUUAAUGAAUGGAAAGCUUAUAUUGAUACAAAAAAGCAGCACAAUUUCUCAAAUGCAAAAGGGUAUUUUGGGCUUUUCACAUCUGGUUUUUGGUGCAAGAAAAAUGUGAAAUUGACUAGUGCUGAUAAUGUAAGCUUGCCUGUUGAUUCAAUAAUGUCUUGGUAUCUUUCACUUGAAAGUGGCAAGUUUUCUUUCCCUGUUCAAGUUUACAACAGAGAGAAUGGGAAUGUUGGGUUUUUGCUGUCUUGUUAUGAUGCAAAAGUUAGUUAUAAUUCACACACAGACAGUUUCAAUGCCAGGUAUACAGCACAAGGUAGGCCAACUACAGAGGAAAAUAUUAAAUGGGAAAGGCUAAGAUCACCAGCAGUUAAUGCAUCACCAUAUGAUCUUCAUGUGUCUGAUUGCUUGACUGAUUUACAUCCAGGAGAUCACUUUGAGAUUCAGUGGAGGAAAUCUAAAGAGUUUCCUUAUGGCUGGUGGUAUGGUGUUGUUGGCCACUUAGAAUCAUGUGAUGGAAACAAACUUUAUUGCCAAUGUCAUCGUAGUGACACAGCAAUAUUGGAGUUUAAGCAAUACAAACUGGGAUCAAGAUGGAGGGAAGUGGUGAUAGACCGAAAGGACCAUCGAGAAGUAGGCAAUGAAGCCGGUGGGUUUUAUGCAGGCAUCAGGAAACUUUACAAUGACAUCGAGAUCUCUAUGUGGAAGAGCCUUUGGCCAACUCAGCCAUUAGAGUAACGUAACUCGGAACCCCAUCAAGAGAGUGAAGAGACUGUUCUGAAAUGUAAAUAGAAGGUUUAGGCAUUUAUGAGAGAAAACUUGACAUCAGAUUUAGAAACAUAGUUGGUAGUAUCUUGAUGAACAAAAUGCUGGUACCAUUGUACAAAAUCAGUUAGGCUAUGUGUAUAAUUGAUUAUAUGUGAGCUUAUCCAUAUCUAUAUA